AGGCUUUUUUCUCCCCUCCCCCUGCGUCGUUGCAGGGAAGCGUCGUCGACCCGAAGACACGUUCCUUUGCGACUCUCUUUCCUUUGUAUUCUCCUGCCAGCAUGGAACGCAACGUGAGCCACUUUACGGAAAGCGCGGCGAAGUGUCCGCUGCAGCCCAGAGAGAUGAAACUCAACGUUGGCGGAGUAGCCAACGACGAUCGCUUCUCCGAAAGCGCUGCGAAGCCGGAUGAGCGGCGUGGCUUCCGACCCGGGCCUCGAGUACAGGCGUUGCACGUCUCGCGCGGCAAACAGCAGCGAGGUGGCGCCAACGCGGCGGGCGAGGGCGGCAACAGCCCCGGAGAGACCUUCGGGGCGAUGCUUCCGCCGAAUCCCGCCAUGACGGACACGCCUAUGAAGGGCAAUCCGGUACAGAUCGGCCACCCGCUGCGACCGGCGCGACCGCGCAAUUUAGAGUUUUCCUUGACGUCCUCGCCUCAACCACGGCUGAAGGCGCGAGCGCACGCAGCCGGACCGCACCCCCGCAGCUCCGUCAACGUGCCGCUGUCCCACACCCGCACGUUGUGGGUAGAAGGCAACUCUGUGCUAAACACGGAGGCCGGCAUGGCGUCUUCUGCCCUCACGUACCUGUCCGAGUGCGUGGCGCGAGAGCGGCAGAUUAAGGAGGAGUUGGAGGCCGCGAGUUUCGCCAAGGUGCAAGCCUUCCGUGCGGUGGUCAAAGUCUUCAUGAUGUCCUUCACCGACGCCGGCAGCGGUGGCGACCCACGGCAGACAGCCGGCAAGGGCUUCACCGACACGCUGGCGGUGGCGCGCUGCUCCGUCGUAACGAACGCGCUCGUCGGCACCAUUCAGAGUUUCGCCCGGGCCUUCCGCUCCCGCCAACUAGGGGCUGCCCGGGGCACCCUCCCGACGGCCGCCCCGACCUACCGACCCGCCACCAGCAGCACAAACCUGGCACUGAGUUUCACCUCGGCGGCUCCCCCCCGUCGGCACUCCGCCGAAGACACCGCCUCCAGCUCGCAGAGCCACAGCGCGAGUGAUGUGCUGGACAGGGAGGAAAUUACCCGACUGAGGCAACUGUAUUUCGACUAUUUCGACUGUGAGUCGGUGAGCAUUAGCACCGUGUCACCGUCCGCGAAUGACUGCUUGACGUUUGAGGUGGGCUCCGCGUUUGAGGUCGGCUCCGCGUUGGACGCGUCCCACUCGUCCAGCAUCUUCCUUAUGGAAGACGUAGACGAUUUUUCCCAGUGCGCCUCCAGAACGAUGUAA